CUUGUGCAGCGCAAAGAACUGUACAAUUUUCCGCAUUUUCUGGGUCUCCCCUCAGUUGUUGUGAAAUAUACAUAUUUUUUUAAUAUCAUAUACAAUUUUCCCUGUAUAUGACAUACGAACCGAGAUAUUCUGUGGUGGUGACUGUGCACAGCGAAAGAGCAAAGUCUAACCGAUAAUUUUUUCAGUUUUUUCAUUUCUCUCGUGCUUUUUGAGACGACUUGUAAUACAAAACAACAAAAAAGUGAAGUGAAAGAAAUUUAAAUAAAAAAAAAAAAGAUAAUUUUCUUCAGUCACAAAUUACUGGCGUAAAAAACGUCUCUUUUGUCUAAUCUUCUAACGAAGAAGGGAAUUCACAAGAAAAGAGGUGUAAAAGCAAGAAAAAAAAAUAAAAAAAUCGAGUGAACUUACUUUCAGUUUUCUCCUUCUUCUUCUUUAUUUUCUUGGUUUUUAAAGAAAAAGAAAACACAAGAGAACGCCAACGAGACACUAAAGACCAAAAGUUGAUGAUUUAGUACAAUAACGAAAAAGUGUAAAUUCUCAUUCUUUUCUGUUAUAAAAUUUUCUUUUGAAAAUUCUUUUGAAUUUCUCAAGUGAUAAUUAGAAAAAAAUCUAAAAAAUUAAAGAAAAAAUUUAAAAAAGAAAAAAAAAGUGAAAUCAUGUCGAAAUUUUAUUGGUUUACCAUUUUUGGAGUACUUUGUGCUUCGUUUCCGCAUGCAGUUGUUGGCAUCGACUUGAGUCGUCUCUACGGACAUUACAAGACUCCGGUAAAGCGAAGUGAGCCAUGUCAUCCGUAUGAACCGUUUAAAUGUCCCGGCGAUGGAAAUUGUAUCUCUAUUCAGUACUUGUGUGAUGGCGCUCCAGAUUGCUCCGACGGUUAUGACGAAGAUGCGAGAUUAUGCACAGCAGCUAAACGACCACCUGUGGAGGAAACAGCAUCGUUCCUGCAAAGUUUGAUUGCGUCGCACGGGCCCAACUACCUGGAGAAACUCUUUGGCAGCAAAGCACGCGACGCAUUAGCUCCGUUGGGCGGCGUGGAAAAGGUCGCUAUCGCUCUCAGUGAGUCGCAAACCAUUGAGGACUUUGGUGCGGCGUUACAUUUGAUGCGAUCCGACCUCGAGCAUCUCCGAUCAGUAUUCAUGGCUGUUGAAAAUGGUGAUUUAGGUAUGCUUAAGUCCUUAGGUAUCAAAGAUUCGGAAUUGGGUGAUGUGAAAUUUUUCCUCGAAAAAUUAGUGAACACCGGUUUCCUAGACUGAGUAGCUCCGGACUAUAAUUCUCCUUUCUAUUACUCUGUACCAAUUAAUCCUCAAUUUUAUUCAUACUUGGGUUCAAAUUUUGACGGUUACAACUAUUAAAAACGCAAAAAAAAAAUUUAAAUUUUACCAAAAAAUCUUUCAGUUGGAUUGAAAUUGAAAAAAAACGAAAAAAGACAAAAAAAAAUGAAUAAAAGUAGCGAAAAAUCUUACUUAGGAAUAUCGUGAUGUGUAAAUCAAUUGACUUUAAAUAGCUAGCAGUUAAGCAAGAAUAGGUUUAAAAUAAAAAAAAUGCUUUUUAAAAAAUUUCUUUUGUUUAAAAUGAACAAAUUUAAUUUAAACCACUCAAAAUUUUGAACCAAAAGUAUGAGUCUCUCCUAUUUGCAUGCCAAGCCACGUCUGUCUCUAUAUAAAUAUUUUGAAAAUACAAAAUAAACACUCCUGUACAAAUAUUUUACUCCCAAGGCAAUUAAAGUGUGACACACAUUUUGGACUUUAAUUCGGAAAUUGAACAAAAAUCACAAACAUUGAUGAUUAAAAACUGACGCAGUUAGGGAUUUGUUACGAAAAAAAAAAACGCAGAACCGAGAGAAAAAUAUUUUCCUCAUUUCCGUUUUCUGUUUUUUUCUUUCUUCAUGCGCUGUUUCACUACACUACACUAGCACUACUACAUUUUCCUCAAUGUUCCUAUUGUCGUGCUUCUAACUUUACUCUAACGUAUCUUAUGGUAAUGUGGUUUCAACAUGAGACACUGAUUUUGUGCAUUCUCCGAACGUUUUCUCAUUAAAAUGACAAGAAGAAGGAAAAUAACGUCAAUUUAAUUUUAUCGAUACAAAGUUUCAGGUUGACCAUUAUACUAAACUUAAUUAUUCGAAGCAAAAAUUUUUUAUGUUUAUUACGAAAAGAGCCCCAAAAAAGACAUUAAAAUUAACUAACCUUGAAAAUUUUCAUGCACAAAAUCAUUUUCUCAUUUGACUUGUGAAAUUUAUGGUUUCACCAUUCCAAAAAAAUCAUUUUCUAUACAUGACACGAAGAAAACAUGAUGAAAUCCCUAUUUUUUGAUGUAUAAAUUGUAUGUCAAUUAAAGUCUUCACUUACCUUUUCCGGAAUUUCUUGAGAAAUUUUACACCUAAAUCGACCUUUAUCCAUCUCCGACAACGUACUAACAACAUCCCCCGGAAGAAUGAAACCGACAAAAAAACACAAAAAUAACGAGGUCUAGGAAACCGUAGGUAAAAACAUACAAAAAAAGAAAAAUAAUCAUUAAAUAUUUACGUAGCGAAAA